CUCUCUUUUGUCCGCAUGCAGUCACGAGCCUACGUUCCUUCCACUUCUUCACUCAUUCCCUCAUCCACCGCCUCGCCUCGCCUCGCCUCGACUCGACUCUCCUCUGCAUUUCAAUCUCCAAUGGCCUCCUCCCUCUUCCCUUCGCCCUCGCCCUCGCCCCCGCCCCCGCCCCCGCCCCCUCCUCUCCCUCUCCUCUGCGACCACAGCCUCGACCUAGCCUCCGUCCGCCACCUCAUCGCUCGAGUCAACCGCCACUUCAAUAACUUCCUAUCCGAUCCCGCCGCUCGCAGGGCCCUCCACCUUGCCUGCGGUCGCGCCCUCGCCGUCUCCCACAAUGCCUUCUUCGACUUCUCCGACCACUCCGUCCUCUCCAACCUCUACUGGGGCAUCGACAACAUCGAGGCCGCGCUGCUGCCUCGAAUCUCGCCAGCCCACCGCUCCAGCCGCCUCGCCGCCGCCGAGAAGAUGCUGCAGAUGCCCGCACUCUUGGACGAGGAGGGCAGCACCGCCGGGGUCCACAAUCGCUACCUCGUCUGCUGCGCCUACUUCUACCUCGCACUCGCCCGCAAACUGAGCGGGGAUCAGUGGCAGAUGAUCAUGCACUUGCUCCACUCCCUCCUCGUCUCCCCCAGUUGCUUCCGGAAGGAGCUCGCGCCGGCCCUGUGGCGGAGCCUCUUUUCUCCUUCCUCUUCCUCUUCUUCUUCUGCCAUUGGGGAUGAUGAUGAUGAAGAAGAGAUCGCGAGGAAACAUGUGAAGAAGUAUAAAGAUUGGUUGAUGUACUAUCAGGUGGUUUCCUAUGGGGAAACUCCCCCAUGGACUAGCGAUUGUUCAGAUGAUGAAUUCGGUGACAGAGAGGCAGAGAAUAAGCAUGGAUGUACAAGUUGUGCCAGUGCCAGAUGCUUCAACUCUCUCAAGCAAGUGCCUCCUGGGUUAAAGUUUCCUUCUGAAAGCAUGGUCUAUGCAUUAAAUGUCAAAGAUGCUGUACAACUAACAGUUGAGGCCACCACAUCUAUUUCUGAAGACCGAGGACAUUUCACAGAAAAGGACGACACUUUCUUAAACUUGGACAUGAGUUUUUCUGGGGAGGUAAAGGAAAACUUCGACAUUAGAUGCCUUCAGGAAAUGUUAGACGAGUCUCAAUCAGAUUCACCUGUUUCUUUCUACUCACAUGAUGCCUCUUCAGAAGAAGAAAGUGAUUUAGAGGAAAGGGCACGGCUAGUAGAGUAUCCAGCAGUUUUCCUGUCAACAAGCCCAGAAGUUUUAGCAUCCAAUGCUGGUGAGAGGAACCAUCUAACUGAAUGUCUGCACUAUGAACCUGUCAGCGCAUUGCCUCCUGAAUCUCUUGGAUAUAGUGUGGAUAAGGAAGACUAUGAAGUCAGUGCGAGUUGCCUAUCAUUUAGAAGAUCGCCAAUCUCACUUGAAAAAUAUUCAGUCCUAGAUUUGAAAGAUGUGGAAACUUCCCCCAUCUAUAACUAUUAUACAAAAGCUAGGACAUCACCUGUAAGAUCGCCUAUAAAUGAGUUAAGAUGCUUUCACAGUUUCUCAUCUACACUACGUACGAGGUAUAACUUAUCUGAAUUCAUUUCUCGAGGAAGUUUUAUAAGGAGAAGAAAAAACUAUUCAACUGGAGAGAAAGACUGGUAUGAUGAGAAUUCAAUUUAUGGAAAAGAUAAUCAAGUUGAAUUUCUUGGAAUAUUUGAAAAGACUGUUUCGAGUAUGUCUUUCCAAGAAGAUCAAAGUAAUGAAGAUGCUGAUUUGGAAAUAACAACUAUUUGGCAAUUACUGAAAAAGAAAAAUGAGGUGAAACACAGUUCAACAAAACAACAGAUCCUUGACAAAUUACUGGAGAUCAUUUCAGCUUCUAAAAAGGAAAACAUCAUCAGGGAAUCAGUCUCUAUUCUCUUGCUUCUUAUAUCAGAAGAUAAAACAAUUAUUCAGGAUAUUAAGAAGAAGGAUUCUCAUUUAUGCAAUCUUGCAAGUGCAUUGAAGAGAAAUGUGCAUGAGGCUGCUAUCAUUAUCUAUUUGCUCAAUCCAUCACCUUCAGAGAUACGAAAUCUAGAGCUUCUACCAGCACUAGUGGAGGUUGCUUGCAGUCCAGGCGGUCACACAAAGGAGUCUGUAGUACUACCACUGACUCCAUCAUCAGCAUCAAUAGCUAUGAUUGAAAUUUUAGUGACUGCCUUUGACUAUGUAACUAAUAAUAUGCAUUUGUCAUCCAUUAGUUCUCCACAAAUUCUCUCUAAAUUGGUGAAUGUUGCAAUGUAUAAGAACUUGGAGGAAGGUGUGCCUUUAGCAGCUAUACUAGUGAGGUGUAUGCACCUUAAUGGAAACUGCAAGAAGUUCCUGUCACAGUUUACACCAGUGGAACCAUUCCUUCAUCUUCUAAGAAGUAAUGAAAAACGUUCCAAAUUUGCUGCGCUGCAAUAUUUCCAUGAGAUUUUGCAAAUACCACGGGCAUCAGGCAUUCAUCUACUACACCAGAUAUGGCAACAGAGAAGUAUCAGCAUCAUGCACUCAUUGAUGGCCUGUAUCCGACAAACUGAAAUUGAGCAUCAACUUAUGGCAGCUAAUCUCCUACUUCAACUGGACAUGCUGGAACAAUCAAGUGGUAGGAGCGUUUUCAAAGAGGAAGCAAUGGAAGUUUUGCUGGAAGCAAUUGCCCAGGGAAAGAGUAGCAGGAUCCAGAUAUUAGCUGCAAGUAUACUCUCAAACAUUGGAGGAACUUAUUCUUGGACAGGAGAACCAUAUACUACUCCAUGGUUGUUAAAAAGAGCUGGUUUAACAUCUACUUGUAGUAGGAAUAUGAUCAAAAACAUAGACUGGCUCGAUCCAUGCUUGCAGGAUAUUGAAAUAAAUGCAUGGAGUUCAAAAGCUGCAAGAAGCAUCAUUAAAAUGGGUGAUCUAUUAUUUGAUGCUCUGGAAAAAGGGAUUCAAAGCAAAACCAAGAUUGUUUCACAUGACUGUUUAGUAUUUCUUGCAUGGCUUGGGAGUGAAAUUGCCAUUAUGGGUUCAACUAGUGCAAAAUAUUCCUUUGGAACUUUGUUAACUGAAAUAGCUCAGUUUCUCUGCCCGGGUUCAGAUCUUGAUGACAGAGUUUUAUCAUGCAUUUGUCUGUACAAUUACACUUCUGGAAAAGGAAAGCAGAAGCUUAUGAACUUCACAGAAGGCAUACGAGAGUCUCUUAGACGUCUAUCAAGUUUCACAUGGAUGGCUGAAGAAUUACUUAGAGUCACAGACUAUUUUCUUCCCACCAAACCGCGAGUUUCCUGUGUGCAUACUCAAAUUGUAGAGGUGGGCCAGGUGAGCAUGGGAGCUGCAACUGCUCUCAUCUUUUUCAAAGGACAGCUCUGUGUUGGUCAUUCUGAUGGCUCAAUAAGGGUUUGGGAUAUCAAUUGUCAAAAAUCAAUGCUUCUAUGGGAGGCCAAAGAACAUAAAAAAGCUGUUACUUGCUUUGUCCUUUCUGAAUCAGGGGAUAGCAUUAUAAGUGGAUCCUCAGAUAAAACCAUAAGACUAUGGAAAAUGAUACAGAAGAAACUGGAGUGCAUUGAAGUGAUAGAGAUGAAAGAGCCAAUCCAAAAAUUAGGAACAUAUGGCGACACAAUACUCAUUGUAACAUGUAGCCGUGGGCUUAAGGUGUGUAAUGCAUCCAGAAGUUUCCAAACUUUAUGCAAGAGUAAACAAAUUAAAUGUUUUCUCAUUGCUCGAGAGAAAGUUUACCUUGGAUGCUCAGAUUCAAGCAUUCUGGAAAUUGACUUGUCUGAUGGAAACAAGACUGUCAUUAGACCUCCAGCGAAUAGCUGGAGGAUUCACAAGAAACCCAUAAAUGCAAUAAAGCUCUACAAGGACUGGGUAUAUAGUGCAGGUGCUGUUGUUGAAGGAUCCUGUAUGAAGAACUGGAAAAAGAACUGGCAACCUCAAAUAUCCAUACGCAUGACAGUCCAAGCAAUGGAAGUAGUGGAAGAUUUCAUAUAUUUGAAUUGCAGCUCAUCGAGAAGUACAGUGCAGAUCUGGCUUAGAGGACAACAGCAGAAGAAAGUAGGAAGGUUAGCAGCAGGAUGCAAGGUAACGAGCCUUCUGUCGGCAAAUGAUAUCGUCUAUUGUGGCACUGAAAAUGGCUUAAUCAAGGGUUGGAUACCUCUCUGAAACAACUAAACUGAAAUCCAAUGUUGUGUAUUCUACCUGCCAUCUAGCUGAGGCUAAUAAGAGGAUGUGAUGGCAUGCUGCAAGUCGACUCACCUAGCUAAAGGAUUAUAUGCAUCAACACCCCCAACCAGAUUCGUUAUGGAGAGAGAAUCUUUGAAAACUGUAUAUUGGCAUAGAAGUGUCACGUACAAAAGAUAGUUUGUUAAUGUAAGAGAAUCUUUCAAUAUUGUGUAUUGACAUAACCACAUAGGAGUUUAUUGGACAAAAGACAAUAUGUUAAUGUAAUAAUUUUUGUAUAAUCUUAGGUGAGAAAAAUAAGCACAUCCUUUCUCUA